AUGGAGAACUCUACUCACUUUGAGAUCUUUAGGCUUGCUGCAUACGGUGAUAUCGGACAAUUUAAGUACUUUUACUUUGUUGUGGUAACUGUAUUAUAUUUUGUCAUAAUUCUUGCCAAUGCUUUCCUUAUUGGAGUUAUAUGCAUUGAAAGAAGCCUUCAUGAACCCAUGUAUCUGUUUCUAUGUGCUUUGUUUGUUAAUCAGUUGUAUGGGAGCACUGGUUUGUUUCCUGCUCUCAUGUUUUACUUGCUCUCUGACACACAUGAUAUUUCCCUUCUUUAUUGUUAUCUCCAGAUUUAUGUGUUGUACACAUACGCUAUAACAGAAUUUUGUAAUUUAGCAGUUAUGUCCUAUGACAGGUACAUUUCUAUUUGUUAUCCUCUAGAGUAUAACAAUAUUAUGACACCUAAAAUAAUUUGUGGCUUAAUUCUACUGCCCUGGGUGUAUUCUUUUUUCAUCAACGCCAUCAUUAUCUCCCUCAGUUUGCGACUGCAAUUUUGUGGUAACGUUCUAGACAGAGUGUAUUGUGACAACUACUCCGUAGUCAGGCUUGCAUGUUCAAAUACUACACUGAAUAACAUAUGGGGUCUUGUUGUAACUGUGCUAUCUUUUUCUUGUACUAUAUUUCCGACCAUAUACUCAUAUGUAAGAAUUCUACAAAUAUGUUUAAAGUCUUCUAAAGAGACGAAACAGAAAGCAUUUAACACUUGUACGCCACAUAUAGCCUCUUUGCUGAACUUCUCCUCUGGCUGUUUAUUUGUGAUUCUACAAGGCAGAUAUGAUUCUGCACAUCUUCCACCUAUACUUCGUACUAUUUUAUUAGUUUAUUUUCUGAUAUGUCCACCACUUUUCAAUCCUUUUAUGUACGGUGUUAGGAUGGUUAAAAUCAGGCAGGCUUGUAAAAAGGUAUUCGGACUUUGCCCUAAAACAUGAACUGAUUAUUUUUGUAAUAUUGAAUUAUGUGUUUUGUUACUUAUAGUAGCUAUAACUGCCCUCCCUACCUUCAGGCUAUGCUCAAACAGAUGCUAACAGGGAUCCUUGGGACGACCCUACACCCCAACCUGUUCUUUCACCUCUGGUCUCCUGGCCCACAGUUACAUAUACAUUUCUGCAAUGUAUGUGUAACAUGUGCUUACGUUUUUCUAGCAGUGAUGGCUUAUGACAGGUAUGUCUCCAUUUGUAAGCCAUUUCAAUAUAACAGCAUUAUGACCCCUUCUAAAGUGAGAAUGUUGUUAGCCUUGGUAUAUUUUAUUCCCAUAACUCUUUUGAAAUGUUUAUCACUUCAAGGCUCCCUUUGUGCAGGUACAACAUCUAAGCUUUUUUGUGAUAGCUUAGAAGUUGUUAAACUCUCCCGUGUUAAAAUUGCACUGAGCAAACUGUAUGGUAUAUGUAUCAUAUAG